GUCCCGUGUGCAAUGUGCGAUCUUUGGCGCUUCAUCGUUCGGUGAAACAAAAAAAACACUCACAACAAGUGUCCUGUGAUAACAACACACCGUCGUGUGUUAAACAUGUCGGACAGUGUUGAAUGACGGUACGAGCUGCGGUGAGCGAGCUGCUGCCAUCAUGCCGGACUGGCUCGGUGUGUGUGUGCUGCUCAGCCUGUUGCUCAGUGUCCUCACGGCGGCUGCCUGUGUGCUGUACUCCGGCCUCCUGUCCGACAUCACGGUGCUCACCGGCUCCGCGCCCAUUAAGAAGAUCACGUUCGCGUACAAGUUCACGCAGGGACCGUACAGAGCGUGCGGACCACUUUUAAACGAGUCCAACAGGAUCGGACCAAAGCUCUCAUCUAUUGGAGUUUUUUAUGAUGACCCUAAAACGGUGCCUGGACCACAGUGCCGCUGUGCUAUCGGCAGUAUUCUGAGUGAAGGAGAAAACGAGGCCGACGAGGAGCUUCUGAAGCGCUAUGAGACGUCUGGCUUUAAUGUUUAUUCUUUUCCUGAAGUCACACACGUGGUCACUACCUCGUUACCCCACAGGACGUUUUUCUCUAUUCUCCUGAGAGUGUGGAGAGUCUACCCCCGGCUCGGGCUCUACAUCAAGGAGAGGAGGCUGUGUGCACAUCCGUUCCUUGAGAUCUACAGGGGGGAUCAGAUCCAGUUCAUGGCCCCCUUGGCCCGGCAGGGAGAUUUCUACGUCCCUGAAGCCCGCCGGGUAGAAAGGAGGCUCUCAGAACAAGAGGAAUCCCACAGUGAUACAGAUGUCUCAGGUGCAGACUCGAACAGUGAAUACAGCUCAGGGAGUGGGGUUCUCCUGUCAGACAGCAGAGAGACGUCCCCAGCGGGCUCCUUGGUCCACUCUGUUGAAGACGGCGAUAGAGAGUACAGAGGGAGAAGCUCGAGGGGAACCUCACUGAAAGAGCUGGACGCAGAGCUGGCCGGCAGACGCGAGUCAGAAGAAAGAGAGGCGGGGCUUCGUGAAGACUCUGUCCAGAAGAGCCCGGAGGUUCCCACUCAGCAGUGGUUAGGUGUCGUUGGAGGGGAGGAGUGAAAGUUCAGAGACAUAUUUGUUAGGGAUCAUAGAAUAAAGGGAUUGGGGGAAGCUAUUGUUUGUUUGUCUUAUUGUAUGGAAAUCACAUGAAAAGACUUAAACCAAUUACAUGUCGGUCAGUUUCUGCCUUGAAAGACCUGUCUGUCUUAGAUGUAAAUCCGUUCAAAUAAGUAAAUUAUCUUUCCUCACGUUGCUGAAAGAUUCAUUUUUUUUAGCAAAUUAUAGUAAAACGAGUUCUUCUUGGGAAAUAUUGAAUCCACAUUUGCUAUGAUGUUGACUAGUUAGGUAACAGCAUCUCAUCAAUUCAAAACUAGAAUGGCAAUUAGAGAGCAAAUAUCUCUGUCACAAGACCUGGAUUUAUAUUUGGAUUUCCACCAAAUUGCACAAACUCAUAAAUAUCAGUGCCUGACUUUUUUCAUCACAAUCCAUGAAUAAUUCUCUGAGAGAAUGAGGAAAAUGUGGAAAUACACCCUAUCUCACUAACUAACCAGCAAACAAACAAAAGGAAAAAACAUGAACUUCUUGGCAGAGGUAAUAAACUACAGCGACUACAUUCUCCCACAAUGGAGAUCAAUGUUCGAGGAAUAAUCUUUACAGGCCUUGGCUACACUGACAAUUCUAUACAUCUGCUGUUACUUAUUGUCUUUUCAUAGGAUUUGUUGACAGUAACAAAAAAUAUGGAGUAAUCACCAGACUUAACCUUGAAUCUUUGAAUGCAACAGCUUCAAUGUGGUGUUGACAGAAAACAUUAUUCAGGUCCUAAGAGUUUCUACAAACCUUUUUUACAGAAGUGUGGCGGUUUGUCAGAAUCAUAGACCACUGAACUGAGUAUUUCUUACCCAAAUCCUUUUACUUGAAUGUCACAAUAUUUUAUCUGAAAUGAUGAUAGCCAUUUUUUUGAAGCAUGUCUUUAUUUUGCUGGAAAACUUGAUGUUUGUUUUAUUUUUUAGAGGAUUGUUACGUAGAUUUAAAAAUGUAGAGUUAAAUUAAUUUCAAGGGAAAUUUUUGACUUUUUUACAAAGGAUGUUUUUUAAAACAGAGAACUGUUUUAAGCACACAGACCUCACAAAGUGUUCUUCGCUGAUUUCAUGUGUUUUUUAUAUUUGUGCGCUUUGUUAUGAAUAUUAUAAUGUGCAUUUUAAAUGACUGUUUGUGGCACAAGGUGAAUGAAUUCAUAAUUACCUUCUUCUUGGCCACCUCUAAGAUUUAGGACAUUAUUAUUAUUUUAAUUGUGCAGCCAAGACUAGUGGGUUGAUCAUUAAUAUUCAUUCCACUACGACUGAAAGCAAAGCUCUGACUCUACCUUUGGAACUUGACGUAGAGUCACUCUACAUCUAGUCUGUGGUAUCUUUGAAUUAUGCCCCCAAAUUGAUCCCCAGCUUUUUCAUUUUCUGUUUAGAAUACUUGAUUUAGCUGUUUCUUUGCACAGGCUAAGAAACAGCAAUUCUGUUUGCUUGUUUUGCCUCCAUCUCUCGUUCCUCUUUGAAAUAAAUAUGGCAGCUUCUACCUCAAA